AUCUGUUUACCCGAGGUAUUGAUAUACAAGCUGUGAAUGUGGUAAUAAAUUUUGACUUCCCAAAGCUGGCGGAGACCUAUCUUCAUCGUAUUGGAAGAUCAGGUCGCUUUGGACAUCUUGGCUUAGCCAUCAACUUGAUCACCUAUGAUGAUCGCUUCAACCUGAAAAGUAUUGAGGAGCAACUGGGAACAGAAAUUAAACCUAUCCCAAGCAACAUUGACAAGAGCCUAUAUGUGGCAGAAUACCACAGCGAGCCUGUAGAAGAUGAGAAACCUUAAGAAGCAUGCUUUGAAAAACUACAGAAGGCUCCUUGGAUCUGCCACACAUUUUUUGGGGGGAUGCUCUUCUCUUUGUGGGUUUUUCAUCUUUU